CUCCAGCUGCUGGAAGCUCUUGCAAACCAUAAACCAUUGGAUUCCAAUUUCUUCAAAUGCUGCAAAACAGCUCUGAAGGGAUGGAUAACUCCAACAAAAUACCCAGAAGCCAACAAGGGAACUAGAAAAAAACAGCUUGACUUGCAAGAUCUGGCCCAUGACUGACUUCCUGCUCAUGCAACACUAAUUUAAGAUCUUUGUAUAUCAGAUCCAAGGAUGUUUGUGUUGCUUUACAUUACAAGUUUUGCCAUCUACACAAGUGAACAACCUCUGCAAAGCCAGUUCAAAGGAGAAAACUACUACACCAGAUACAUCUGUAGCAUCCCUGGGUUGCCAGGUCCUGCAGGUCCCCCCGGAGCUGGCGGAUCCCCAGGACCACAUGGACGCAUCGGUCUUCCAGGAAGAGAUGGAAGAGAUGGCAGGAAGGGAGAAAAAGGUGAAAAAGGGAGUGCAGGUUUAAGAGGAAAGACUGGGCCAUUAGGACCAGCUGGAGAGAAAGGAGACCAAGGUCAGUCUGGCAAAAAAGGACCUGGAGGACUGACAGGUGCCAAAGGUGAAGUAGGUCCAGCUGGACCACCUGGACCUAAGGGAGAUAAAGGCGAUCGAGGAGAGCCAGGUGCACCAGGGGUCUGUAAGUGUGGGCAGAUAGUGCUGAAAUCUGCCUUUUCUGUUGGCAUCACCACUAGCUACCCAGAAGAAAGACUACCAAUUGUGUUCAAUAAAGUCCUCUUCAAUGAGGGGGAGCAUUACAACCCUUCCACAGGAAAGUUUAUUUGUGCCAUCCCGGGGAUUUAUUAUUUCUCUUACGAUAUCACCUUAGCAAAUAAGCAUCUUGCGAUCGGGCUGGUUCACAACGGGAAGUACCGGAUAAAGACAUUCGAUGCAAACACAGGCAACCAUGACGUGGCUUCUGGUUCCACAGUCAUCUAUCUUCAGCCAGAAGACGAAGUAUGGCUUGAGAUCUUCUACACUGACCAAAAUGGUCUCUUUUCUGAUCCAACGUGGGCAGACAGUUUGUUUUCUGGAUUUCUCUUGUAUGUUGAUACAGAUUACCUUGACGCUUUAUCAGAUGAAGAUGGGCUCUGAAGAAGAUGAUGUCAGAUGACAUUCAAACUGGACAACCCAGCACAGGAUUUUAUCUAGCUGUCUGGGAGACAUGAAGUUGAAAACCAAAUAAAUCUGGGAGUUUAUUUUUGCUUUGAUAGGAAUGAAUCUGAGCUCAUAAAGAACUUUGCAGAAUUGGAUAUUUUUUACCAGACAGCAGGGAUAUCAAAAGGAAUCAUAACUAACAGAAGACUGCAUCACUCCAGGACUGACUCCUCCUGAAAGUCAUGUUUAUAAUACUAUUUAAACAAAUUUAAGAUACUGUGCAUUGGAUUAUAUAUAAAAUACAUUCAGUGGCAAUGUAGAAUUGGUAUUUUGUAAAUAACAUUAAAGUGAAAUUGAACAAUUAACAGCAAUAUCAUCUUUGGUCAUUUUAAGACAGGAGAUACAUCAAAAGCAGAGAAAACUUUGAUUUUAAAAAGGAGAGGAAUAAAACACAGGGAUGUCAGCUUCAGGAUGCAGCUGAACAGGUCACAAGGACAGUCCCACCUGAUAGUUGCAGCAAUAAAUGAUAUCCAUAAUUAACUAACCUCCUAAUAAAUUUGUACUAGCUGAGGCAUGCCCAAUGACAGUCAUGGAAGAAGAGAACCAAGAUAUUAAACAUAGAAAGUAAUAAAAAUCUGGAAGAUCUGAAAAAAAAUCCAAGAAUCUAUAAUCAUAUUUUACUUAUCAAAGGUUCACAGAAACCUGCUAAUUCUAACAGUUACCCAAAGAGUUUUGAAUGCCAGUGGUCUGUGUUGCACAACUCCUGAUCCCACUUUAUUUAUGGAGGUUUUGCUGCAUAAUUGUCUUAAUUAAAAAAUUCCAACUAAAUAAAAGUACCCAACAAUACCACUGAAGUCACAAAAUGGGCACUACAGUUGUGUAUGAUUGCUGCUUCAUGCAGUGAACAGGUGCAAAGUCCUGUUCACAAAUCAAACUGGCUAUGACUGUACAACCUUUACUUUAUUUGACUGUGAUAGAUGUGUGGUAGAAGACAUAAUUGGAUUAUUUCUCUAACUAGACAUCUAGCUUAUUAGUAUUAUACAAGGGCUGCUUCCUAUGAAAAAUAUUGAAGAGCACACUUAAAGAUUCAGUUUAUCACUGUGCUGCACAAUCACAUAUACAUCCUGCAAAUUAAGCACAAUAUAAAAGCAAAAAAGAAGCUCAGUCAUCAUUUAGAACAGUGAUUGAUGGCAGUGCUUCCCACCCAUCAGUACUUCUAUAGGGCAAAAAAGCUAUCAGCACUGCUCAGUACUGUCUGCACUGAAAUUCCACCAGACAGAACAGUCACGCCAGGCCCAUGACUUCUAGGAAGCAUAAUUUAACAGAUGUAAGGUUGGAAAUACAACAUCUAUUACGGAGUGAAAGCAACUAAUAAAAGUAUUUAAUUACAGGUUUAUUAAAAAAAAAACCAACACAGAAAUAGUUCUAUGACAUUUGAAUCAAUAGGAAGCUCAUGUUAGGAGCAACAAGUACAUUUUUAUUGGAGUUAGAAAAUCUCUAUAAAGCCAAACUUUAGAAAGGAGCAUGAUGGAUUUUCUUCAGGCUCUACAGAAAUGUAUUUGGUAGUUAUCAUAAACUUGGAAAUUUACUGACAAAGUGACUUUUUUUUCUCACAAUUAAAUAGAUAAAAACCAGGCCUUCAUAGUGAAAUGUUCCUGGCUGCAACUCUAAAUAAAAGCAAAGUGCUUCCAUGUAAUAAUCUUGUAAAAAUGAAUGAAAUAUGAAAGAGACAUUUUAACCACACCUAUGAUGAAAGUGACAUCAUGGGAAUAAGUAAACCAAGAGUUAUUCCUUCCUUUAACAAUUUAGAUUUAUGCUUGCACAAUCCUAGGAAGAUUUUUAUCUUCCCAAAGUUUUCCCAUUUGGAUUCUGUAGUUAUUUGAACAGCUUAAUAUUUUGGCAUGAACUAUUAAAAAUAAGUAAUUCUGUUGCAGUAUUCCUAUAGUUUUGGCAAGAGGAAUCUUUUUAUUGCAUGUAUGGACAACAUAUGUAUAUAAGUAGCAUGUGGCCCCUGCCCUCACUCAGGAUCUCAAGACUAGAGUAAAUCAUGGUUAUUACUAUUAUUUCCCUUGAACAUAGAUCAGCUUUGAUGACAUGAUAGUUCAUUAGGGGUAUUCCUCUGCCUAAAUUUGAAUUUAUACAGAAAAUAUCUUGAGCUGAAGUCUUCCCACUACUGAAACCAGUAGGUGGGGAGGUCUGGUUUGGUUUCAAGAUGCUGCGGGAUAGCAAAGAGCAAUGUAUCUUUGGGAUUAUAUUUAAAACUAAUCAAAGUUUCCUACACAAUAUAUAUGUCAUUCUGCAGUUGCCAUCAUGCCAUACAAUAUUAAGGCAUCCAGACCAAGUUAGUAAUUUAGAUUUUGCUUACGGUCAGCAGAGAGAAAUCAGAAAGGAGGCAUCAGGAGGUACCUGUCUCUUUACAUGGCCUGUGUCUACAUGUCUAACUUAGGUUAGACUUUAACUUUCAGACAGUAGAAGUUAAAUAAGAUGUCUGCUCUUAGAGAACAAACCACUAAGUGGAAAAAUUGGCAUAAUUAAAUUCAGCAAUUUAUGUCUCACCAUGAGAGAGAAGAUGUGGAUUGAUGAGAACACAGAAGGAUCCUUAUCAUUAUGGAAGUGACCUCUUGUCAGCCUUUUCAUAAAGUAUUGCUCAGGUUGCUCCAGGGACAAUUUCAGCUGCAGUAACUUGGCUGUCCUCCAGAAAACUUACCAGUAUGAAGGUGGGCUACAUAGUCCUCUCAUGCCUCCAAAUUCAACACACUUAAAUAUACACAAAGUAUUGAAGUUUUUAAGGAUACUUAGAUUUAGGUGUAGAAACCCUACAUAUAUCCUGGAGUGUUUCUGCUUAAAAAUUUUGUAAGUUUGCUUAUUUACAACUUUGAAGCACCUGCCAAAAAACUAAACACAACACAAAACAUAAUGCAAUACUUAUUCAAUCAUCUCUGUGAGAGAACAGCCUUGCUUAUGUCAAACAAAAGGAUAAAAAAGACUGAUCUCUUGAAAAAGAUAAGUGGACUGAUUCUCAACAGGCUCUGCAGCAAACUUUCAGCAAGAAGCAGAUGGGAUUUCUAGAAACCAGUGAAUUGUAGGAAGGAAACAUAUAAGCAGUCCCCUUUCUUUCGUUACUUUCAACAAAGUGUGAUCCCUAGUCUCAGAAGAUAGGAGGAAAGGAUUUACAAUUUUUGAGGUGAAGGACAAUCUCUUUAGUCAUCUGAAAAUUUUCCUACCACUGAUGCUGGUCCCUUCCAUGCACCACCUGCAUUCACCCACACUCUGUCAGAUACUUUGGUACAUGAACAUGGAUUUAUAAACUACAUGAGCAUGGAUUUCUAAACUAAGUGUAACAAAUCUCUAAUUUGUGAUUUUAUGUUGGAUUAAGGUGUGAUCAGUUAAAAGUAAUCAAGGUGGGGAGUUUGUCCAGUCUUGUUUGUAAUCUCCCUGAAACUGAGAUCACUGCAGAGUUGCACAUAGUUCUGGGAAUUCCUGUCUUAAGAAUACAGCAAUGCAUACUCUUACUCUGUAAAUGCUGUACAUGGCUUCUAAGUUUUGUAGUUUCACUUCUGAUUAAAUUUGAUUUUACAAGUCUUUGCUUUGACUACAGACAGUUAAAAAAAAAGAUGUGUAUGCAACAUUCUGAACCUUAUAUUAAUCUCGAAGACAGAGAAUAAACUUUGUCAUUCAUUGUUCACUAUUCGUUGUAAAACUGUGUUAAUGCUGAAUGUGGGACACUAGCCUGCUCAGUCAUGGUCACUACAAGAUGCCAGCUACUCUGUUAAAAGACAUCCUUGAUCAUCAUCAACCAAGCAAUGGUUUAUGCCUAUGUGUGACAGUGCCACGUCUAACGAAGCAGAGCUGCUACAUCAUCUUCCUUGGAGCACUAAAUCUGCUGUCCAGCCUAACCAAUGAUACUGAGCUUGCUUUUGAUUUUAUAAUGUUGACUGAGAUGAAAGGAGUGGGUCCCUGCCCCAGGAAAUGUAUGGUUUGAAUUCUAUGUGUAUUCUGUAAGUCCACUCAUCAUACUGACAUGUUUUUAAGCUGCUUUCCAUCCUGUUAAGCAAAGGUCCCUCACUGUUCCCUUAGGGUAUUAUAGUAACAUUCCUUAUAUAAUGCUGUUCCUAUUUGUCCAUCAUUUGAACUGCUUGUACAAUUGUUUCUGAAAUUGUGCUAAACUGCUGGGACAAAGCUUAACAGCAUAACAAGAUGUUGAACCUGAGUCCUUGCCAAGACUGUAUGAAGGUUCACCCACUGGAUCAUUUCCACAGUCCCACAUGCAGUGAGACUUAGCAGAUAACAGAGACCAUGUGCUGUACAUGUUACCCUAUGAAAUCUGUCUUCUAAUUACAUUUCUUUUCCAUUCUUGAAAGCUGUUGUCAUGUCAAGUGUCUUCUACCUGUGACAGCUCCUAUUUUAGCAAUUAAAAAUGCACACUCCCAA